CGGGAAGGACUCUUCUACAACUUGAACUUUACCUUGGAAGUGAUAACUUUGUAACCUAAAAAUUUGUACCCUCAUAUUAAUUUGAAAUAAAAAAUAAUAAUCUUGACCAAAUAGAAUUGCUGAGGGUUUUUCUGGCAAAGUAAACUUCUGACAAGGAAAAAGCAUUUUUUUUUUUUUAACUCUUCUUAUUUGCUUAUAAGGAUGGUUUCAUAAUCCAUUUCCUGGUCUGAGGAAACAGAAACUAUGGCUGCCGAGAGUGUUCCCUCAGAGAUCAUAGAAAGAGAACAAAAAACGUUGCUUGAAAUCCUCCAACAGGAUCCUGAUUCUGUAUUAGACACUUUAACCUCUUGGAGGCUGAUUUCUGAAGAAGAAUUUGAGACUCUGGAACAUGUUACAGACCCCCUGAAGAAAAGUCAGAAGUUGUUAAUUUUGAUACAAAGAAAAGGAGAGGUGACCUGUCAGCAAUUUUUCAAGUGUUUAUUUAGUACUUUUCCGGAGUCAACUUCCAUCUGGGGUUUAAGGCAUGAAAUUUUAAAACACGAGAAUGUCCCACCUCCUCCAUCUAUUGGGGUAAGCAAGAACUCAGAACGUGCUUUUUCUUCUGAGAAGAAACAGCCUGAGAAUCCUGAAAUCACAGUGUCUUUCAAAGAGAAAGAGCACUUGGCUUUGGAAAACUUUAGGGAAACUUCUUUGUCCUCCCUGGAGAACGAGAAGGGAUGUAACACACCAAUAGACACACUGCCGUAUUCAUUUGAGAAUGUUGAAUACGAAGUUCCAGCAACUAUUACAUAUUUAAGGGAUGGACAGAGAUAUGAGGAGCCAGAUGACUCUUUAUACUUAGGAGAUGACUAUCUAGAAUCUGUUUCCUACUCUGAAGAAACAGAAACCACUGUGGAAGAGGAGGAUUAUGAUGCUCCAGAAUACAUUGUAUACGAGGGUGAAGAGGACUCUGACUAUUCAGAAACCACAGGGUUCUCUGAUGAAGAACAGAAUUAUGAAGACUCAGAAACCGGCAUUUCAUUGGAGGAGGAGGAGGAGGAGGAAGAGAAAAGCAUGGAAGAAAGAAGAAAGGUGUUUAAAGAUAUCCUGUCAUGUUUGAACAUGGAUAGAAGCAGAAAGCUUUUUCCAGAUUGUGUUAAAAAAUUCUCUUUAGAAAAAGGAUGUGAGUGGACGCCUGAGACUCCAGGAGACUUAGUCUGGAAUUUCCUGAUGAAAGUUCAAGCCCUGGAUGUGACAGCUAGAGACCCAAUUCUCAGGCACAAGGUUCUGGAUGAAGAUAACAAAAGGGAAUUCCUGACUGGAUUGGAGAAUUUGGAAAUUCAAGACACACAAUACAUCAAUCCUCUCGAUGUCCUUUGUGCCUCCAUGCUAUGUUCAGACAGCUCUUUGCAACAGGAAAUCAUGUCAAACAUGUACCAAUGCCAGUUUGCUCUUCCCUUGCUACUGCCGGAUGCAGAAAACAACAAAAGCAUUUUAAUGCUGGGGGCCAUGAAGGAUAUUGUGAAAAAGCCAUCAACACGGUCUUCUGGAGAGCCCAUAGAGGAUACAGACAAGUUUCUGACCUGCAUGAAGAUGCCUGUCAUCUCUUUUGUGCGUUUAGGACACUGUAGCUUCUCUAAGUCUAGAAUCCUCAACAGACUGUUCAGCCCUGCCCAACGGAAAUCUCACAGAAUCUUUCUUCAUCAAGAUUCGCCUGCUCUGGUUCUUCCCCGGCAAAUCUCUGAUGGCCUGGUUGAGAUAACCUGGUGUUUUCCUGAUAGUGAUGAUUUAAAGGAAAACCCUAGUGUUUUCCAAAAGCCUAUUGCUGUGACCAACCUUCGUGGAGACCUAGAAGGCUUUUGGACCCAGUUUGGUUUUUUGAUGGAAGUUUCUUCAGCUGUGAUUUUUUUUACCAGCUGCUUAGGUGAGAAGGAAUGGAACUUGCUAAUGUUUUUAGGAGAAGCUGCCAUUGCAAGAUGCUACUUCAUCCUCAGUUCCCAAGCUAGCGAAAGUGAAGAGACUCAGAUUUUCCAGAGGAUCCUGAAAUUGAAGCCAUCACAGUUACUUAUUUGGGAGAGUGAGGAAGCCGAGGAUGCCAGGAAGAAUAUGGAAGGGCUCCUAGCUGCCCUCCAGGAAGUGAUGUCUUCCUCCUCACUCAGAUGUGUGUCCAUGGAGGACAUGGCUUCCCUGGCCAGGGAGUUGGGGAUUCAGGUAGAUCAAGACUUUGAGCACACUCAAGGAGUUUACGUUUUCCCUAAUGAUAACAUGGCUGGAACAGCUGAUAUUGAGGGACAACAAAGACAUAGUCAGCCGGGAAGCUCAUCUAGACGCCACGCUCAGAUGCCUAUAAGAGAGCCUGGGGCUAGUUGUGAGGUUGGCUGGAACCUUCAGAAUUUCCAUCAUACCCCAGUAUUCAGGCCUCAUCUGGAAAGCUCUUGGCCGCUACCAGCAAGAAUUGGGGGUAACUUUAACCGUUUUCCCUUCAAAGCCCCCCGGUUCAUGGGCUUUGGGUCAGAGCAGAGGUUUAGGUGGUUCCGUCCUUUGCCCUUUCAGAAUGUAAGGCCCCAGAGCCGAGGCAGAAGUUUUGGUAUUUCAUCUUUUCGACCCCAGAGGUUCUAUUCAGGUGCAAGAUUUAUGAAAUUUACAAGACCUGCUCGGGGACACCCUUUGAGUAGAAUAUUUGGGAGACCACCAAGACCCAUUUUUCAGCAUGUACAUGCCUGUCCUGAGAGACCACAAGCAAUGGGAACUCUUAAAAGGUCUGGGGUUUCCCAGGGAGGUCACUCCCAUUCUCUGGGUUCACAGCCCACAGGAGUAGUAGGGAGGCCACAGCCAAGGCAAGCCUGUAUCCGAGGAGCACAGCUCCCCAAAACACCUGGAAAAUUUAUGAGAGCAACAUCCCAUAUUGAAGAUCCUCACCCUCAAUCCUUUCAACCAGCAGGAGCUAUUAAAAAACUGGCAGGACCUGCUUCUCAGCAAGGUGUCCAGCAAAAGACACAGGGUAGACCUUCAAAUCCAGCUUCCCAAACAGGGACCCAUCCCAUGUCGAAGAGUGCUCAGUUCGAAUGCAAUGAGUCCAAUCAGUCCAAGCCAUCCCAAGCCAGAUCUUUCUACUCUAAACCCUCCCACCCUGUGCCCUCUCAACCUAAACCCUCUCCCACAAAAGCCCCUCAGCCCCAAUCCUCCCAAGCUAAACCUUCUCCAUCCAGAUCUACUCAAUCCAAGACUUCUCAGCCCAGACCCUCUCAACCUAAUUCAUCCCGGACCAGUCCUUCCCAGGCCAAAACAUAUCACCCAAAAGUGGGGCCCAAAAGGGGAGCAAAGCAUUAAAGAGUUUGUUCCAGAGAUAGGUAAAAUGUAUUUUUCAUCCAGGCCAUCCUUAUCAUAUAGUAACCUGAAGAGGAGUUGCCAUGAAGGUAAAAGACUACUGUCAGAAACAUGAUAAACACGAAAAGAUAUGCACAGCUUAAAUGGGUAUCAUUAAAAUAUCUGUAAGAGUUUUAUCCCUAACCAAGAGGAAAAAUAUGAAAAUAAUUAAGAAUCCAGCCUUGAGUAUUAGGUAAUGUAUAAUUUGCAUUCAAGGAAUGGAGAUCUGUGAGACAACUCUACUUGGAGAAUAAUGGAGUCAUUAAUUGCAAAGGGACCAUUUUUCUUGCUUCUGUGGUGCAAGCAAAAUUGCCCUAGAUGUUAGCUGCUUCAGAGGUGGCUUGAUCAAACUUCCUUUUUUUUUAGACACAGAGUCUCACUUUAUGGCCCUCAGUAGAGUGCCGUGGCCUCACAUAGCUCACAGCAACCUCCAACUCCUGGGCUUAAGCGAUUCUCCUGCCUCAGCCUCCCGAGUAGCUGGGACUACAGGCGCCCACCACAACGCCUGGCUAUUUUUUGGUUGCAGUUUGGCCGGGGCCGGGUUUGAACCCGUCACCCUCGGUUUAUGGGGCCGGCGCCCUACCGACUGAGCCACAAGCGCCGCCCUUGAUCAAACUUUCUAAUUCAACAUUAGCCACUGAGCAGAUAACCCUGCUUAUUUGGGGUGAUUAAAUAAACUUGUUUGUGAUAAUAGCCCCAAUUUGUUGGUUUAUCACAUGAUAAAUUCUCUCCCAUGAAAGAGAAUUUAUUAAAGAAUUUAUUUCUAUUACAGAUAGAAAUAAUGAACUAACAGCCAAUAAAAUUACUUUGGAUUAACCUUAGGAAUAAUCUGUUUCCCAUUUGGAAUGUUUGUAAUAUAAUAGUUUAAAAAUUUGGCUUAUUAGAGGAUCUGAUAUAUUAUCCUCACGAUUCCAAUUAAAAAUGUAACAUUGAAUUUUUAUUUAGAGUUGCAAUUUUUUAAGUUGGAAAGAUUAAGAUAAAUUUACAAAGUUUAUAAAAACCAACGAAACGUUUCAGAGAAUGUUAAGAUUCGCAGAAUUUAUAAUUUUAUUAGAUUUAUAGUGUUUUAAACACUUGGGUGUAGAUCCUCCUUGUUAGAAACAUUAAGCAAAUUACACUAAAUAUGAAUAAAAGGCCACUUUAAAAGCAGGUGCUAAAAUCCACUAGAUUUAAGAAUAAAUCUAGGAUUUGUAAAUUGAACAUAAAAGCCCCAGUUUUGAAUUUGUAACUUUAAUAAAAUUAAUAUUAAUUAAAAAUAUUAAAAUAGCUCCCAAGUAGGAAAUCCAUGUUUAAAAAAUGCCUUUAAGAACACUAAAAAAAAAAAAACAAAAAACCCCCAAAACCCAUAUUGACACAUAUUGACACAUAUUGACAAAGGAAUGAAUGAGAACUAAUCUUUGAAAAGGAAUAAUCAUUGACAACAUUGUUAUAUUACAAUAGGUAUCUUUCACUUUUUAUAUAUUAAACAAUCAAUGUUGAAUAUUUCAGAGUGUCUAAUUUUGCUAAAGUCUGUUGUAAGAGUGAAGAAAGAAACAGAGGACUGUACAUGUGAACUUUUUAAUUGUGGAUUUUUAUCUCGUCUUUUGGCAGGAGAAAUAGCAUGAUAACUAGUUUAUACCUAUAAAAUCUUUGGUGUAAAAGCAGAAUCCCUCUGCUGAGAAUAAUUUCUCUUUUUUUGUUCAAACUUUUGAAAUGAGCAAUAGUAGUGAUGGUUUUUAUUUUUUUUAUUUUUUAUUUUUUUGUAGAGACAGAGUCUCACUUUAUCGCCCUUGGUAGAGUGCCAUGGCAUCACACAGCUCACAGCAACCUCCAACUCCUGGGCUUAAGUGAUUCUCCUGCCUCAGCCUCCUGAGUAGCUGGGACUAAGGCGCCCGCCACAACGCCCGGCUAUUUUUUGGUUGCAGUUCAGCCGGGGCCGGGUUUGAACCUGCCACCCUCAGUAUAUGGGGCCGGCGCCUUACCGACUGAACCACAGGCGCCGCCCCGUAGUGAUGGUUUUUAAAUUUUUUCCGUGAAUUCUUCAACAUUAGUUCCUGGAGGAAAGAACCUGUUGGACUCUUGUCACCAACAGAUCUUGUACCAGUCUGGGCCUUGGCAAUACCUAUAAGGUACCUUCAAACGGGACAAUUUGUGGAGAGUUCAAUAAAGGAAGUAUUUCUAAGGGGAUGAAUAGAUGUAAGAAGAGAAGUUGCAAAGGAGAGUGCAGAAUCCUGGGUCUAAUAGAAGUGAAUGGGAGGGUACUUUGUCCAAUCAGAAGAAAUGUGUGGGAAGGGUUUGGGCCUGGUGGCUGGAGGGGUACAGCAGAGUAUAGUGACCUUCAGGGAAGCAUCUCAGGAAAUAAAUAUCUCCUUUGUACCUCUGAUCUGCUGCCACUGACCUUGGCCAAACCCAUCCAGAAACCAGAGGCAAGGGAGGCCAUCCAGGCAGUUCAUGUAGGCCAGCCUUCUACGGAGCAGGAUGGAGAAUGAAUCUGGAGAGGCAAGCAGAAGAUGUCCAGCAGCUUCCUUUCUUUCCAUUGAAGUCUUCCUUCCUUCCUUCCUUCCUUCCUUCCUUCCUUCCUUCCUUCCUUCCUUCCUUCCUUCCUUCCUUCCUUCCUUCCUCC